UGGCCCCUCGAGAUCUGAGACGUUCUUGCCUGACUGUUGAACUCGACUGGAGAGGGAAAAGUUGGGGAAGAUGCACUGAAACCGAGAAAACGUCCAAGAGCCCAGACUCGGUUCUCUGCAGCGGCACACAGCUGUACUCUUCUCACAAGUAUGAGGAGCGCCAGACCGACGGAACGGUCUAAACAAUCUUUCAGAGAUGACUGACCUUGAAGCAAAGAAGGAUUUUCAGCCCCUACUUUAAAGCCACAUUCAGUAUAUAAUUUUUUUCUGUGUUCAUUCAUUGGUGUUUAUCAUACCAUGAGCGCACUGCAGCAGCUGGGAACAAUGUCUUUUUUGAUAAAAAAGAAGAAGUUCAAGUUUCAAGUGCAAUUUACAUUGGAAGAGCUUACAGCAGUGCCUUUCGUCAAUGGAGUGCUUUUCUGCAAGAUCCGGCUGAUUGAUGGUGGGGACUUUGCCACUUUGUCAUCCAGGGAGGAGGUGCAGCAGAACUGUGUUCGAUGGAGGAAGAAGUUUUCUUUCAUGUGUAAAAUGAGUACUAAUCCAAUCACUGGAGUGUUGGACCCCUGCAUCUGCCGGGUCUCUGUACGUAAGGAGCUCAAAGGUGGAAAGGCCUUCUCAAAGCUAGGUUUUGCCGAUCUCAACAUUGCAGAGUUUGCUGGUUCAGGCUCCACAGUUCGCUGCUGCAUCCUGGAGGGUUAUGACACCAAAAACACUCGACAGGACAACUCUAUCCUCAAGGUAACAAUUGGAAUGACUCUUCUGUCUGGGGAUCCCUGCUUUAAAACACCUCCCAACACUGCCAAAUCUAUCUCUAUUGGGGACGAGGACCCCACCCUGCAGCUGGACUGUAAGGGGGAGAGCACUGAUUCCACAGUGCAGCCACCAGGAGGCAUCAUGGAGGGUCCUUGUGCCUUCAAACCCAGACAGUCGUCAGUACGUAGCUCAGGGCUUCCUGAGGAGGGAGAAUGUGUGUCCAGCCCAGAUGAGGUCUUUUACACUGGUCAUUUCCGCAGCUCCAGCUAUGCCAGCCAGCACAGCAAGAUCUCAGGUCAGAGAGCUUCCUCAUGCUGCAACCAAGGCUACAGCACAGCUCACUCUCGAUGCUCCAGCCUGACAGACCUCAGUCACCAUAGGAAUGCCUCCUCCAGCAGCAGUGUUUCCACUGGGAUCGCCCUGCCCGCCUAUCUACCUCCCUCCACCCCCACUGAGCUGCAGCGACAAGCAACUCCCACCAAGCCAGAGAGGCCUCCUCUCCCCUCUGCAGCAGCCCUCAUGUCCAACAGAUCCUCCAGGAGAAAGAAGGACACGGUGGAGAGGCAGCCCAGCUGUGUGGACGACACCCGCAUUGAUGCAGAUGACAUUGUGGAGAAGAUUGUCCAGAGUCAGAACUUUUCUGACAGCAGCAACAAGGAAGACAGCAACUUGAGACUGUUUGUCAGCAAAGAUGGGACCACUGCCCUCAGCGGGACACAGCUCGCCAACAGAGGAACUCCUGGUGUUUUUGAGCCGGUGGUCAUCGAGACUCACUGAAAGAUCUCCAGCCUCAUCAACUGGUCAAAGAUUCUGUGACAUCGGAUUGUCUGUGACUCUAUGUGCAAGUAUGUGCAUAAUUAUGUAGAAGUGGAACCUUUCUACUAUAUUUAAUUAGGAGGUGGGAGUUGUGUAACACAUGAUUACUGUAUUUUCUCAAAUAGUAAAUAUUCUUUUUUUUUUUUUUAUCUCAAAUGAAGAAAGAACAAGGUCUUUAUUUCUAUAUUAUAUUAUGUUAUAAGUACAUUUUAAAAUAUUCAGAUCUGUGUUAAUUCACAGUUCUCGUUGUUUGCUGUUAAUGCAGAAUUAAGAUGUCCUCUAUGUAUCUGUUUUACAUUAAAACACUGCCAGCAGUCCAGGGAAAUAGUUCCUCCUCUUUCCUGGGAAGCUUUUAUUAUAGAACGUCAGUGUAGAUUUUUAUUACAGCAGUUUAACGUUGACAAAGUACAGCAAAGUAGAAUCAAACACAAUUUAUUCAACAAGACAUACGAGAAACUGAGAGCAAUAAGGUACAUUAUGCAUGCAUUCUUUUCUCUUUUUUCAAGGCUGUAAUCUAAGCACUAUAAUAAAAUAGUAAAUAUUUGAGAAUUUACAGUAAUACAAUGUUAAUUUCCUCUACUUUGGGUGGGUGUCAAACCAGUCUCUGGCUCAGCAAGUUUAUGCAGCCAGUCAUUUUCUAUAGUGUCCCCUGGAAAAUGAGCAGAAUAAUCUGUAAAAAGCAGCUCAAUUUAAUAUUACUUUAAGGGAAAUGUUUUAUUUCACGCACUACAUUCUCAAUUUUACAUCAUACUUAGUAUAAAUAGUAUGUUAGUAUGCAAGGAAAAAGGUCUAUGAAAGAAUUUAGCUUUAUUGCCUGUGAUUGUUGUGUUCAUCAUUUCUGAAAAGAGGACAGGGAGAAGUCUGUUGUGGCGAAACACAACUUUACUCCUGCCUGUCCAUACGGCAGGUUAAUCACCUGCAGCUGGUAAAGGCAGCAAUCAGAAGGUGUUAGUUGGCAAACAUUGACAUUGAUUUACAUGCAAACACAUACUUGUUGCGGAAACACAUAAAAGCAUUGUUACAACUACAGGUGUACAAUGUAUUAUUUUAAAACGUGUUAGGCAAUAUAUUGCUGAUGUGACAUUAUCCUACAUUGCCUCAGAGCAGUGACAGGUCACUGACUCAUCAGUGUCCUGAAUGUCAAUAAAUCUAUUCACUGUACAGGGAUUUACUGAAACACACCCAGUGAAACUUUGACCAGUGCUAAGCGUACACAUUACUUGAACAAUACCCUGAAAACCACUGCAUUGUGGGAAUUGUAGUGCAACACUGAAAUACUGGUGCGUAUAGAAGGGGCUUGUCAACUCGUAAAACUGAACAUUUCCACAAGGACCUGAUCAUUUUUGCAAAAUACAGGACAGCCCAUAAUACCCAGUGUUUCAUAUCACAUGAUGGACAACUGGAAACAGUGUAUGCAGGUGAUAUCCAUAUAACUUGGAUUUCUCUAUCACAAGGUAUAAAUACAUCAUGCUCAGGCUAAAAGGAGACUUUAUUUUAUUGUAUUUUAUUUACAUCCCACUGCGGCUUUUUCGCUGGGCCAGUUCAUGUGAUGGAUUUACCACUGACUGAUGUCCACACAAGUCUAGUAUGAGUCCAUCAUCUUCUGGCUUUAUGAGUUGACGAGGACCCACCAAAUGCUGCACUAGAGCCAUGAAAGGCUCUGACUGAGGGUGGACUGAGUCAAAAUCUGCCUGGACCUGGAAUUUAAGCUUUUUUCCCCUUACUUGAUCACUGUAUAUACGUACUUAAUAUACUAUUUUGCACAGGUACUCUCUGAGGAAGAUUUUUAGAAACCACUAAAAGGAAAUGGAAAUUGGACGAUUGUCUAAAGUUUUUAUUUCUUUUUUUGUUUUUGUUUCAUUUCAAUGCUUUUGUUGUAGGACAGAAUGUAAUUUGGUGAAUCUGUCAAAGGCUGCUCUUAUGAGACACAAAGCCUGUAUUCAUAUGGCUGGCCAUAUGUAACCGUCCAUUCUCUGCACUUACUAAUAACUUUGAAUAUGAAUGCUCUUGUAAACUAAUCAAGAAUAUAAGAUUUUGUGGUGAUGUACUUGCUUGCUCACCUCUGAGUUUUUUUAAAACUUUGGCCGGAUUAACUCACAUUAAGUGCACACAGAUUGGCUGAGCCCAGGAUGCAAACUAUUUCAUGAGCAGAACAGCCUUAAAACAGGAUGUAUAGGAAAGUUACUUAGAACUGCAUUAACUGAUUUAAGAAACACAACACUGACAUAUUAUCACAUUAGCAACCAAUCAUUGAGAGAAGCUCAGAUCAAUGACAUGACAAGAAGAAUGCUGGCCUCUGAUUGGUUGCUGCCCUGCACAAUAUUUAAACAAAAAAAUAACUUCUGCCAGAACUCAUUUCAAUUUGUAGUUUUGGAAGUUUUUGUUUUGUGAGGUUGCAGCAAUUUAUUUUAGGACUGUUACUCAGUCGAUUAACAAGCAAUUCCUAUUUUUCAUAUCCUAGUUGAAUAACUCUGUCCCUGUCACUUUGCAUAGAGUUAACAAUGAUGUAGACCGGGUGUGGGCUGUAGUGAGGUCAGUCCCACAGCUGCAGCAGCACAAAGCCCCUGUUCAACCAGGACUGACAGCAUACAAUAGAUACGUACUGUUUGUGUCAAUGUGCCACUAUAUGCAUGCAAGACAUGCAUUUUUGACUGACCUUUUAAAAAUAAAUCUUUGCUCUUGUCUAUCAAGCCCUGUAAAUACUGCAUAAAUGAUCAAUUGUUGGCCAAUACUGGGGAACACAGGGGAUACUGGGGUGUCAUGUGGGGUUUCAGUCACAGUUUCUCAUAGCUGUCCACAUGAAAGCACAAAAACUAGGAAUAUUUAUACAGUAUUCUGUCAUUUCUGUAUCUAUAAACUGAUGUGCUAUUCUCUCUAUUCUCCCUAUUCUAAUAGUAGUCCAUAUGUAUCACUUCAUAUUUAUAAAUGUGUACAUUGCAUCUAGUAUAGAUGGGGCCAGUCCCUCCCUGUAAACAUGGAGUUUGUGGGGUUUCAUGCAAAGAACCAUGGUUACACGUGUAACCAUCCAAUCUUUUUCCCUUUUAUUUUCAGACCAGCAGGCUGGUCUACAGAUAUGUACAGAAUGAUAGGUAAAAUGUAAUAUUGUAUGAUGAGAUGGGACUGAAAGGAUAAACAGUCAUUAUUUACAGUAGAGGGUCAUGAGAGCACACGUAUAGUUAAGGGAACCGUUGUUAGUGAUUUGUUCUAGAAAUACUUAUUCUUUCCUUUGUACUUGACUGUGUGUUACCUGCGACCUUAUUAAAUACAUUUAUACAACUAAAUGUUUUUUGCAUGCGGUGAAAAGGUAUUUUCUUUCCUGAUCAUUUUAAAUUAAACAGAAUUGUUGCAUAAUUGGAUUGGGAUUAUAAUGCAUUUGUAGCUGUGAUACUGAUUUAAUUUUCAUAUGGAGGAGGUGAAGAGAAUAUAGAAACUAUUUUAACUUUUGUAAUUUAUUACAUUCAGAUUAGAUUUAGCAAAUUGGACCUAUAUUUGUCAAAGUAUGUAACUGAAAUUAGUCUAUAAGCAUGUAAAACACUUGUUAGCAUGAAUAUGUUAAAUAAAACAUUUCUGUCUAUAUUUUUGAUACACUUGAUGUUCUUUUUUUCCCCAAACAUAUUGUAACUCCAAAUACAAAUGUUUUCUCUCCUUGUAUUAAAAUGCCGGGAAAUGCAUGUAAAUGUCACAUCAACAGUUAUCUGUCUUGUUAAUAACUGUAGUUAAACACCGUCAGGUUGAGAAGCAAUUCAUUGUUAUUUGCAUAAACAUGCAUACCAAAUAAAAAGGUAACGCUUGGAAUCCGCA